GUAGCUUGAGACAGAGGCUCCGGCCCAACCUUCCUGUGUGGUUUCAGCUGCCCCCGGAGUGUGUCAUGGACCUCGGGAAGCCCAUGAAAAGCGUGCUGGUGGUGGCGCUCCUCGUCAUCUUCCAGGUGUGCCUGUGCCAAGAUGAGUCCACAGAUGAUUAUAUCGGAGACAACACCACCGUGGAUUAUACCGUGUAUGAGUCUCUGUGCUCCAAGAAAGAUGUUAGGAACUUUAAGGCCUGGUUCUUACCUAUCAUGUACUCGAUCAUUUGCUUCCUAGGCCUUGUGGGCAAUGGGUUGGUGGUGUUGACCUACAUCUAUUUCAAGAGACUCAAGACCAUGACCGAUAUGUACCUGCUUAAUCUGGCUUUGGCAGACAUGCUCUCCCUCCUGGCCCUCCCCUUCUGGGCCUACAGCGCAGCCAAAUCCUGGAUCUUUGGCGUCUACUUUUGCAAGAGCAUCUUCGGCAUCUACAAAGUAAGCUUCUUCAGCGGCAUGCUGCUGCUUCUCUGCAUCAGCAUCGACCGCUACGUGGCCAUCGUCCAGGCCGUGUCUGCUCACCGCCACCGUGCCCGGGUGCUUCUCAUCAGCAAGCUGUCCUGCGUGGGUAUCUGGCUCCUGGCCCUGUUGCUCUCCAUCCCAGAGCUGGUCUACAGCAACCUGCAGAAGAGCAACAGCGAGCAUGCCUGGAGAUGCUCGCUCAUCACAGAGUACAUGGAGGCCCUGAUCAUCAUCCGGGUGGCCCAGAUGGUGAUGGGCUUUGUGGUGCCCCUCCUAGCCAUGAGCUUCUGCUACCUCGUCAUCAUUCGCACCCUGCUCCAGGCUCGCAACUUUGAGCGGAACAAGGCUAUCAAAGUGAUCAUCGCGGUGGUGGUGGUUUUCAUCGUCUUCCAGCUGCCUUACAACGGUGUGGUCCUGGCUCAGACGGUGGCCGACUUCAACAUCACCAAAAGCAGCUGCGCGCUCAGCAAGCAGCUCAACAUCGCUUACGACAUCACCUACAGCCUGGCGUGUGUCCGCUGCUGCGUCAAUCCCUUCUUGUACGCGUUCAUCGGGGUCAAGUUCCGAAAUGACCUCUUCAAGCUCUUCAAGGACUUGGGCUGCCUCAGCCAGGAACAGCUCCGGCAGUGGUCUUCCUGCCGGUACACGCGGCAUGGCUCCAUGAGCAUGGAAGCCGAGACCACCACCACCUUUUCCCCCUAGACGCCUCCUCUACCCAGACUUACAGGGAUGUCUCCCAGGGCCCCUAGGGUGGGAACACGGUGCUGAUGCAAUGACUCCAUCUGAAGAGAGAAAAGCAGUUCUAGGCCAUCCAGGUUGACUUCAUGGCCUAAGACACUGCUGAAGACCAAUCCGUGCUACCUCAACCAAGGCUGGAAGAGACACAGCUGAGAACCUAAGGCCAGAACUGGCAACACACUCAAACCAUGGCUGUUGUCCCCAAACCAACAGUUAGAAGUGAAAGUGGAGAAACCAUCCACACCCUCUAGCAUGAAGCAGACGGGGCGAAGAGGGGAGAACCAAGCUGCUGAGUAUUCUAAAUAAACCUUCAUCUGAUCCAGAAAGAAAACAACCCAGACAAUCAAAAGCAGAGAACAGGUGUUCCAGAAAACCAGGCUUUGUCUCGAAGACCAACAGGAAGAUAGCUUAGAUUAUGGAGGAAAGGCAGCCAUCCACCUGUCAAACUAAGUCUGUAAAUCCCUUCCUCCAGCUUUCAACUCUUGUCCAAGCCAGCAAGAAAUGGCAGCCAACAAGCUCUCUCAGAACACACCUGUUCCUCUAUCCAAGACCCUCACCCCCAACCCCUCCUUGCUCUUCACAGGAGAGCCAUGCUGUUUCCUGCAGCCCAGGAUUCCUAUGCAGCCUGAGCAAGGCAACUCUCAGCCAAAGCUCCAGAGUUAGGGUCAGCUUUCUACUUGGAUGGUAAGAGGGGACAGGAGGACAAGUUUGGGGUGAAAGACGGUAAAGGUGUUGGCUACUGAAAGUCAAUGAAGCCGGGUACCAGUGGCUCAUACCUAUAAUCCUCGCUACCCAGAAGGCUGAGAUCUGAGAAUUACAGUUCAGAGUCA